CUAAGAAAAAAAACUAAGUACUAUUCUAAUUACAAUUACUCAAGUGUUUUGCAACAAAGUUGACAAAGGCAAAUAUCGGCGAGACGAAUAGUAAUAGAUUAAAGUGAAAAUAAGUGUGCCAAUUAUUCAAUCCAAAGUGAUUUGACUCUUGGCGUUACGAAAUUUUCAUGCAAUUUGCUAAAUUACAGAAGCGAACAUUAUUUUCUUCUUCAUUGCAGACCAACAAUUGCCUAUAAAUAGCCCAAAAGAACAAAUAAAUACACGAAAACACAGAAACCGGCGCCAAACAGCACAUACAACAUAUUUAGACAAUAGAUCAAUAUAGACACAGCUCGAUUUAGAGGCCGCAAGAGAAGUCCGUACUCCCGCCACAAUUAGAAAAGCAAGAGCAGACACAAGUAGUUUACAAAUUUGAAAAAGCAUUAUGGAUAAUUGGAACGUUUUGGCAGCACAAACCUCAUCCCAGGCGAUCGGACGAGAUGAUCUCAAUGCGGCGGCGAAAACGCGUCUGACCAUCGAGAAGCUGCCCGACAAGGUGUUGCUGCACAUCUUUUCAUAUCUCUCCCAUCGAGAGAUUUGCCGUCUCGCCCGCAUCUGUCGUCGCUGGCGGCAGAUCGCCUACGAUACGCGCCUGUGGAAGAAUGUCUCGUUGCGUCCGGAGGUCUCGGGAUUGCAUGUGGGUUCGCUGGAGAUGUUGUUGUCGCUGAUCUCGGUGCGUUUCGGACCCACUUUGCGAUACAUUGAGCUGCCCAUUGAGCUGAUCACGCACACUGUGCUCCACGAGCUGUCGGCCAAGUGUCCAAAUCUCACCCACAUGCUGUUGGAUUUCUCCACGGCCAUGCAGCUGCACGAUUUCAGCGAGAUGCAAGCGUUUCCCACCAAGCUGCGAUACAUGUGCAUCUGUCUGUCGGAAGUGAUCUUUAUGGAGGGUUUUAUGCGAAAGAUCUACAAUUUUAUCAAUGGUCUUGAGGUUCUUCACUUGGUGGGCACCUAUGAGAAGUGCGAGGAGGAGGAGGAGGAAAUCUACGAAGUCAUCAAUGUGCACAAACUGAAGUCAGCCACUCCCAAUUUGCGUGUCAUCAACUUGUACGGCAUCAAUUUCAUUGACGACUCGCACAUCGAUGCCUUCAGCUCCAAUUGCAUUCAGCUGGAGUGUUUGGCUGUUAAUUUCUGUAAUAAGGUCACGGGAUCCACGCUUAAGACAUUAGUGCAGCGUUCCAAGCGCUUGACUUGCCUCCUCAUGAACGGAACCAGUUUAAAAUCCGAGUUUGUCAUGCAAGUCGAGUGGGAUAAGUGUGCACUGCAGGAGCUGGACAUCACAGCCACGGAUUUGACCAGUGAAUGCCUUGUUGACAUGCUGUCGCGUAUUCCCAAUCUCAAGUUUUUGUCAGCUGGUCAGAUCAAUGGAUUCAACGAUACCGUCUUGAAGCAGUGGAUGGAGUUGGGCAACACCAGAUCUCUCAUCUCCCUCGACUUGGACUCUUCGGACAACAUUACGGAUGAGGGCAUGCUCAAGUUCCUGCAGCGUCACGGCCAUCAGCUAAGCGCCUGCUGUCUGUCCGGUAUGCCGCACAUCACAGAUCAGCUCUGGAUGAGCAUAUUGCCUGUGCUGGGCAACUGCAAAAUUAUUGUAAUGGGCACCGCAGAGAAGCUGGGCGUAAACAUACACGUGGAUCAGCUGAUGGACACUAUCGCGUCCAACUGUGGCAAUCUGGAACGUUUGGAGCUGCGUUGGGAUCCGGAUAACUUGCGUUUCUCAGACAAGAGUCAGAAAGCCAUCGAUAUAUUGCGUGUCAAGUGCCUCAAGCUGCGUUGCAUGGUGUUGAGCGAUGGUCGUUACUAUGAGACCGUGAAGGCCAACUUCGAGCGUGCCGAUCGGAUCACAGUGGUGCGCACCACAACCUGUUGUCGGGUGUCGCCGUAUCAUCUGUUGCGCAACUAUAACGAUUUGAUAUUCAAUUAAGUAAACGUGUUUUGUACAAUCCUAUAUUGUUGUUCUAUGUACUAUGUUCUCUUUACUGUUGUUAUAUCCCAGUGGAAUCAAAAUUCCCUAGUCCAUUUGGAAUUGGUUCGAUUUAAGGCAAUUUGUAUUUGGAUUUUUGGAUUAACAUGUUGCAAUACAAAAUACUUGACAUUAAA